AUGAAAAUCAAGACACUCUCUCGCAGUGAUGUCUACUACGAACGAGAUAGAUCCACCGAUCUCCAUAAACUACAACGAAAUCUGAACCCUGAACUGCAUCCCUUCGAACGUGCAAGAGAAUACACUCGUGCAUUGAAUGCUACAAAGCUGGAGAGACUCUUUGCCAAACCAUUCAUCGGCGCUCUUUCUGGUCAUGUCGAUGGUGUAUACUGCAUGGCUAAACAUCAGUUGAAUCUAGAUGUCGUCGUCACGGGCAGUGCCGAUGGAGAGGUCAGGUACUGGUCAUUAGCUGAUCAAGAAGCUACUUGGAAUGUACCUACAGCUCAUAAAGGGUUUGUUCGUGGAGUAUGCACACAUCCAAAUACUCCUGUAUUUCUAAGUUGUGGUGAUGAUAAGGCUGUCAAGAUAUGGGACGUCAGCUCUACAACGCCCAAGAAUGUCUUCUUAUCAAAAUUCGCAUUCACUGGAAUCGAUCACAGUCGAAACAAGAACAUAUUCGCUACAUCAGCUGCUCAAGUGGAAUUGUGGGAUAUCGAACGAUCACAACCAACAUACUCAUUCUCAUGGGGUGCUGAAACAGUCACAUCGCUCAAAUUUAAUCAAACAGAGACAAACAUAUUGGCUAGUUGUGGAACUGAUCGGACUGUGGCAUUAUAUGAUUUGAGAACUACGUCGCCGUUGAAUCGUAUCAUCAUGGAGAUGAGAACGAAUGCUAUAGCUUGGAAUCCAAUGGAGGCAUUCCACUUCACUAUUGCCAAUGAAGAUCACAAAUGCUAUACGUUUGAUAUGAGGAGGAUGGAUGCUGCUCUUAUAGUUCACAUGGAUCACGUAUCUGCAGUAAUGGAUUUGGAUUAUUCACCAACAGGAGCUGAAUUCGUGACUGGAUCUUAUGAUCGAAGUGUUCGUAUCUUCAAUACUCGAGAAAGGAAUAGUCGUGAAGUGUAUCAUACCAAACGAAUGCAAAGGGUGUUUUGUGUACGAUACUCUAUGGAUUCCAAGUUUGUCAUUUCAGGAAGUGAUGAUGGUAAUGUUCGAAUAUGGAAGGCUCAGUCUAAUGAUCGUUUGGGGGUGCAAGCACCAAGAUCACAAAACUCGAUGCAUUACCAACAAGCAGUCAAGAACCGAUACAAGAAUAUGCCAGAGAUCAAGCGUAUUGACAAACACCGUCAUGUUCCCAAACCCAUUCUCAGCGCACAAUCUAAAAAGAAGGUCAUGUUGGAUUCUAGAGCACGUAAAGAAGAGAAUGAACGUAAACAUUCGCAAAAGAAACGACGUGUUGUUGCUGAAGAUGGUGAUGAAGCUGGUGCAGCAAACAGCAGUAAUUCUCCAGUGAUGGGAAAGAAGACAAAGAAGACUGAUGGAGAACGACAUAAGCAUAUUCUUGCCGUUGAGGCAUGA